ACCACGAAAACGCACAUGCAGACAGCCCGGUCGCGGUAUUCGAACCUCAGACCGAACUACCAGUGUUCAGCGUUUUUACCGCUCGGCCGCUGGCGGGCUUUUAAGUUUAGGUAAUAAAAGGAUGGUAAGUUUUAAAGUGGAGAAAAUUAUUUCAAUAUAUUUGGCACUUAUGAACGUGAUCAUCGUGUAAAAGAAUUGUUGUUAAUUAAAAAUCUUUACAGCUUUCCUUUGCAUUUUCUGAUUAAGAAUUUUGCAAUUAUGGAAAACAAAUGUUUUCUGUGGUUUUCUGUGAUUUAUAUUUUCGGGAAUAAAAAUCUUUUAUUCAGUUUUAUAAAACAAGUAUUUUACAAAUCAUAAUUAUCUUCUAAAAAUAGAAAACAUAGAUAAAAUAAUUCAUAAAUAAUGGUGGAAUUUUCUAGCUUCAGAUAACUGACCGUCUUUAAUAUUACAUUGAAAUUUUAUUGUUCUAGUUAUUGUAAUCUUAAAUUAAUUUAAAAGUUAAAAAGUUGAGAAUUAAACAUUUAGUUAGAGCAUUUUAGUGACUUGAAAUAAAAAGACUGAAGUUUAAAUGAACUUGAGUUUUUACUUUAUUAACUUGAAAAUGUUAAUCAGUUUUCUUUUACUUCAAACGUUUUUCUUCAAAAUGUUGUCUAGUGUAGCACCAAUGUUCUUUCACUAUUAUUAUUUUAAGUCAUACCCGUUGUCAAGUGAUCAGUGCUUUAAAAUCAGUAUUUAUGUGUUAAAAUAAAAAGAUCCAUUUUAAUAUUACUAUCAACUAUGCAUUUAAUAAAAUAAAUAUGUAAAUACAUGCCUUUAAUCAGUAUCAGAAAAGGAUCAAUGAUUGGAAAAAUAUAACGAAUUCAGUUCUUCUGAUUGGGAAUUUAUCUGAUUAAAAAAAAAAGACUUUUCUUAAGAUUUGAAAAUUAGAUAUUGACAAAUUUGACACCAAGGUAGAAAAUCAAUUUUAGUUUCUGCAAGAAGCCAGCAUUUUUUACUAUAAUUUUAAGUUAAUAAUCGAAAGUUACUUCUCAUUUUUUAAAAUAUUGUUAUUCCUGAAUGUUUAACUAUUCAGAGUUCAAAAUAUUUUCCAACUGAAGCACAUACACACGAAAUUUAAGCAUUUAUAUGUCAAAUGUGUGUGUAUAUGUAUAUUCUAAUUCGCAAAAUCUAAUUUAAUCUAAUUUAAUCUUCUCUUUGGAAAAAGUAAUUUCGAACCACAGGUUCAAAUUUUAAACCCAUUUUUCUGCACUUCUCUUCAUUUACUUCAAAACCUUCCAAGGAUAAUUAAACUGCUAAAAGAAGAAGAGUUUAAUGAAUUGCAGUCUCAUGAACGUGUCGUAUAACAUACCGAAAACUUUUUUUAAACUUUAAAAAUUUCGUUAAAAAUGUUAUAUAAAUUAAAGGAUACAAAAACAUUAUGCAAAACUGAAAGAAAUAUGUGAUCUGAUUUUCCUAGUCAGAUUCCAGUUUAACACUUGAAACAAUUUUAAGCUAAAUAGUUACGAUGGUCUACUGAAUUAAUCGCCAACACUUCAAAAUGCAUAACAUAAAAUCAUGGAAAUUCAAAAUAGCAACGUCGAACCACACGUAAUGUUUCUAUCACAAAUUAAAGCCUGAUGGGGAUUUUGCACUUAAUUAAUUAAACAAAAGUUAUUCAGGAUAUAAUCGUACAUUCUUGUUCCACAUAAAGGCUUGUACUUAAAGUUGCAACAAAUAAUUUCUGCCCUAUUUCUUGCUACAAUCUGUUCUAUUUUUUAUAAUGCUUAGCAAUAACACCCUUUUUUGCGAUGCGAAUUUUAAUUCAUAUAUCAUAUUCUGAGUGCAGUAUGGUUUUAUGAAGUACUUCUAAUUCUCUCUUUAAAUACAUAAUUGAAUUCUCAGUAAUUUUACUCUCUGUAAUCUCUUGAACUUUUAUUUAAUGCAUUUUUUUAAAUUUUACUUAUUGGAUUCUUAUUCAUUCUGCGUAGUUUUAGGAAUUUUAUAUUUUUCUUGAUAGUAAAAUUUCAGUUUCAUCCUUGAUAUUUAGAAAAUUAAAAUACUUUUAUAACGUGUACCAAAUAGCUUUCUUUUUUUUAUCUACAGUUCAUGUAUCAAAUUAAUUCUGCUUUUCUUUCAGAUAAAAGGGGAACUCGUAUGGUUUCUUCGAUACGAAUUAUGAGUUAUUUUUCCAUAUUUAGUACCCGCCCAAUGAAAUGGUUAUAUUUUAUUUCCUUAUGUUUACUUCUAUUAAUCUAUGGGCAUCAGCAUAUUGCUGGAAACAAGUCAAAUGGACCCAUUCAUCGAAAGGAUAGCUGUAAGAAAGGUUCCACUUGCAACGCACCAAUUCGCUCUACUCCUAAGUUAAUGAUACUAAAGCCAACAAAACAGAAGAAAAGAAAACCAACAAGAGCCCCUUACUUAGUGCACAUUCUUCCAAACAUGAAAUACAGCAAUGAGAAAAUCACAACUAGCAAAUUAAAUAAAGCAAAAAAAGUAUUGAUAAUUUCUUAUUUCAACACCAGUCCUUUACACGUAGCAGAUAUACUCAAGAACCACUCUGAUAUAUUUUAUUACGAUGAACCUCUCUAUCCUUUUGAUUCUACUUCCUUGAAAGAUGGGGAAGAACCGAUUUCAAGGAGGAUUAUUUAUGAUGCAACAGCAUACCUUUCUGAUCUCUUUGAGUGCAAUAUUUUAGAAUCAAAGAUGGGAUAUUCUGAUCAAAUCAUAAAGAAAAUAGCCCCAGUUGCUUAUUCUUCUUGCAAGUUAAUUCAAAGUAAUGUUUCUGAAUGCAUUGAAGCAACUUGCAAAUCAAAACCUACAGUUGUUGCCAAAACAAUUCGAAUUUAUCUUCAAGACGUCCAGGAGUUUCUGGCACAAAACAAGGACAUAGUGAAAGUGAUCAUCUUGCAACGAGAUCCAAGAGUGAAUCUUCACUUGCAUAACAAAAAAGCUCGCCCAGGAUGGGUUUCUGGCACAGAUAUGUUUUUUCAAGGUAGAAGUUUAUGUUCCAGAAUGCUUCAUGAUGUUCAGACAGCAAAGAGACUUGAAGGCAGUGGAUAUAAAAACUUUUAUAGAAUUGUACUCUUUGAGCAUUUUAUGAAAAAUCCAGAAACAGUUAUGAGUGGCUUGUUAUCUUUUCUGGGAAUGACAACAGAUCUAAAUGGUGUUAAGAAACUUCUUCGUGCGUCUAAUGUGUAUAAGCAAUUGCGAAAAGCAAAACUAAAUAAAUGGGAAUCGAUACCUGAUGAUGAUGCUGGAAUGAGCAUAGAUAAAGCAUGUACAUUCUUUUACAGAAACUCACUCUAUAAUCCCAUGCAACAAGCCCUCGGCUUCGUUCAAAGAUACAAUUUGUGCCAAUAUUGUGAAUAAAUGAUUUUGUAACAA